ACGUUAACAUCGUUUAAGUAAAAACUAACCUAACGCACGAGCACUGACACUGAAUUUGAACAACAAAAUCACGUGAACCCAUGUCACGUGACCGCCGCCUCUAUAAGCGCCUGCCCACCGGACACAACAGCUGAGCUCAGACCAGCCGAGGACACGAUGAACACACUACUGACCUUCUCCAUCCCCUUGUUGUUCAGCUCCUUGGUCUGGAGUGGAUAUCUGGAAUAUAACCAAGAUGUCCUAAUACCAGAGGAUUGGACUCACGUUGGCCGGGUCAACCCCACAGAGGAGCUGGAGCUGACCUUUGCCCUGAAGCAGCAAAAUGUUAACCUACUGGAGGAAACACUCAGUCUGGUGUCGGACCCUGACUCAGCAUCAUAUGGUAAACACCUCACCCUGGAGGAAGUGUCCUCCCUCGUGCGCCCGUCUGAACUGACCCAGAAGGUGGUGCGUCACUGGCUGCAGAGCCAUGGGAUUACAAACUGCCUGACUGUUCGCACUCAGGACUUUUUACAGUGCACCAUGACUGCAGAGGUUGCAGAGACACUGCUUCCAGGCAGUAAGUUCCACCGUUACACCAGAGACGGGCAGUCUCUAGUGAGGUCUUCAGCUCCGUACUCUGUUCACGAUGACGUUCACCAGCACCUGGACUUUGUUGGAGGGCUUCACCGCCUUCCUCCUAGAGGGCUGCAGGACUCUUCCAACAGGAAGCAAAAGUCUAAGGCAGGGGUGCACCUGGGGGUGACUCCCGCCAUAUUGAGGGCCCGUUAUAACCUGACAGCAACUGACGUGGGAACAGCUCAAAACAACAGCCAGGCUGUAGCUCAGUUCUUGGAGCAGUACUACAGCCCUGCAGACCUGGCGGAGUUCAUGAGCAUGUAUGGCAGGAGCUUCCAGCAUCACUCUCAGGUGGACCGGGUUGUGGGCACUCAGGGAGCGGGAAAGGCUGGUCUGGAGGCCAGUCUGGACAUAGAGUACAUCAUGAGCACAGGGGCAAACAUCUCCACAUGGGUCUUCACCAAUCCAGGGCGUCACGAGUCCCAGGAGCCUUUCCUCCAGUGGAUGGUUUUGCUCAGCAACAUGUCUGACCUGCCCUGGGUUCACACCAUCAGCUAUGGAGACGAUGAAGACAGCCUGUCUACUGCAUACAUGAUGCGCAUCAACACAGAGUUUAUGAAGGCUGGCGUCAGGGGAAUCUCUUUGCUCUUUGCAUCUGGUGACAGCGGUGCCGGCUGCAGACAUUUGGGUAAAGAACAAAACUCCUUCAGGCCAAGUUUUCCUGCCUCAAGCCCAUAUGUGACUACAGUAGGAGGAACCUCAUUCAAGAACCCAUUUAAGGUCACAUAUGAAGUCACAGAUUACAUCAGUGGAGGAGGCUUCAGCAACGUCUUCAAGAUGCCUGACUACCAGGCCAGUGCAGUGGAUGCGUAUAUGAAGACCGUCGCAGCAACCCUCCCUCCUCAGUCAUAUUACAAUACCAGUGGCAGGGCCUAUCCAGACAUGGCUGCCCUGUCUGAUAAUUACUGGGUGGUCAUCAACAGAGUGCCCGUCCCCUGGGUGUCUGGGACUUCGGCAUCAACCCCUGUGGUUGGAGGCAUGCUGUCUCUCAUCAAUGAUCAGCGGCUGCUAAAGGGCCUGCCUGCCCUGGGCUUCCUCAACCCUCGCCUCUACAAACUCAAAGGACAGGCCUUAUUUGAUGUGACUGAAGGCUGUCACCUGGGCUGUCUGGACGAGCAGGUUCAGGGUAAAGGUUUCUGUGCUGCACCAUCGUGGGACCCAGUUACAGGCUGGGGGACGCCAAACUACCCCGCACUGCUGGCUGCACUGCUGGCUAAGUGAAAGCAGUAGUGUCUGCAAGGAGAGCAAGUACUUUACACACAUCCAAACUCUUGACCAAAGGUAGGAUGGUGAAAUGGAGGGAAAACAAUGCCUACAAUUUAGAUUUAUGCCUCUUUUAUAGAGUUUGUUUGAUGUUGAAAGGCUGUUUUCAGUCCAGUCUUCAGGAAUUGUUUUUAUCUGUCGUCAACCCAUCCAUCCACUUAUGGCUAUGCUUGAGUCAUUUAUCAGUGUAUUUUAAUUUCUCUAAAGUCUUUUAAACUGUGUCCUCAAAUACUUUAAGGUCAGGGAGUGUGGUGGUUUUUAUUUUUAAUGCUACACUGCGGGUUGCCCGUUUCUGCUGUUCACAGCCUUUUAACUGACCCAGAUAUCUCUGACUCUCUUUUAAAACUACAGGUAGAUUCAUGCCACUAGAUACACAGCAAAAGGCAAUGUGGGUAAAGUGGUUGCUAUGCAUAAAGAACAUAAACAUACUAAAUAUACACACCAGUCACUUCUUAGAUGUAAAAAUAGGCCUGUUUGAAUUCUUACCAGUGUCUAUUAUUUUGGAUAUCAAUCAAAAAUACCAGAUGCAAUUUCACCACAUCAAAAGCAAUUCAGUAUGUUGUCUGAUACAGGUUUGGUUUGUAGUAUGACUGAGAUGUCUGUUUGCCAUACUAAUCUUCAGGGAUGAGCUAGGUGUUGCAUGCAAUUCCAAAAACUGUCUUUUGUAAUAAUACAGGAACAUACAGUAUGUGGUUUUAAGAUUUACGGACCUGGAUUUGUUGCCGUUUGCUCUGCGGCUAUGAAAUGCACUAAUGAGGGUUAAAAGUGAUUCAGUUUUUUUUCUCUUUCAACCCUGUAAAUCCUCAAAUCAGAUGUGAGAGAGGCUGCCUUUGCUGCGUUGUCUGACUCUAUUAAAGCUGGAUCUUUGUUAUGAAAUGUCAGUUGAUUGUUCAAGAGUGUGAAAGCUGUAGAAAAUGUACCAAAUGCUUAAAGACUGAUGUGUUGUAUGAAACAAAAUGUAACGCUAAAUCAACUGCCAAACACUUCCUAGUUCCCACUUCUAAAUUGUUUUUGGAUUCCAGCAAUUGACCUGUUUUCACCAUCAACAUAAUUGUCAGAUUAAUUAAAUAAUUUAGUUGCUGCCCUAAAUUGAUGAAUUGAUAUUGCUGUUUCUACUUGACUGUAUAACCGAGUUACAGUUGAUCGCAGCUGGCAACGUGACAGAUAUUCGAUGAAACCUUUGAUUUUUCGCUGCAAAUUGUGACACUCCCUCUUGUUUGUUUUCUCUUUUGGGUCUCAUAUCAGACACAAUGAGUUGACAGUGUGUUCACAGAAUUGAGCAGCUGGAAGGUGUCUUUGAAGCUGCUUAAUUUAAGUUUGAAGACAUGAUACAAUUGUCAAGUAUGUAUAUGCAGUGCACUGAAAAAUAAAAGAAACAGAAUUUG